GGAGGAGGGGGCGGGGUCGGAGUCGUUGUUGCCCGGCGACUCCCUGUCUCUCCUUCCCUCCCUCCUGCUCCUCUUUUUCCUUUCCUUUUCCUCCCGCUGCGGCCCCUCCCCUCGCUUUCCCAGUGUUUCGCAGCCCACGCCUUCCCUCCGGCCGGUCCCGGCCCCCCCAUCCGUGCCGGCGGUCGAGGCUUUGAGCGUCCCCCGGGCCUCUCCUUCCCCCCCGUCCACGCCUCUCUCCCCCUGCCUCCUUUCUUGGCCGAUUCCUUCCUUUGCCGUCGCCUCCUCGCCCCCGCCCGGCGGGACCUGGAGGACCGGCCGGGCCCAGGCCGGGUCAGAGGUCAGAGGUCAGGGGGGAGAGAGAGACAGAAGACCCAUCGCCAGCUCACCACCAGGAAUUCAUUUGCAAAGCAAUGCACAAGCACCUUUGACACCAUGACAAUCAUUAGGCAAAGGAAAGGAAUAAAAGUCACUGAAGUUGCUGAAGAGCAUCUGAAACAAGAGAAAAAUGUGAAGAGUGAAAAGAAAUUGUCAUGUGUACAACUUUGUACAGGCAGAAGAUUAUGGAAGAUUCUCUCAUUUUCAUUUGGUGGAACAGUUGCACUUUUCCUUGGACUUCUUACUUCUGUCUACCUAGCAACUCUACAUGAAAAUGAUUUAUGGUUUUCAAACAUUAAGGAAGUGGAGAGAGAAAUCUCAUUCAGAACAGAAUGUGGACUGUAUUACUCCUACUACAAGCAAAUGUUGCAGGCUCCAACUAUUAAACAAGGUUUUCACGGAUUAAUGUACGACAAUAAAACAGAAUCCAUGAGGACGAUUAACAUCCUUGAGCGUAUGAAUGUUUAUCAGGAGGUGUUGCUCAGUGUUUUAUAUAGAGUUCUACCCAUCCAGAAAUACUUGGAGCCUGUUUAUUUUUAUAUCUACACUUUGUUUGGACUCCAGGCUGUCUAUGUCACAGCUCUUUAUGUAACCAGCUGGCUCCUUAGUGGAACGUGGGUAUCAGGACUAUUAGCAGCCCUCUGGUAUGUUACAAAUCGAAUAGAUACCACAAGAGUUGAGUUUACCAUUCCACUGAGGGAGAAUUGGGCAUUGCCAUUUUUUGCUGUUCAGAUAGCAGCAAUUACGUUUUUACUGAGACCACGGUUACAACCUCUUUAUGAAAAACUGACGCUUCUUGCGGUAUUCAUAUCCACAUUUCUCUUUAGCUUGACGUGGCAAUUUAAUCAAUUUAUGAUGCUGAUGCAAGCAUUGGUGUUGUUCAUCCUGGACUGCCUUGACAUACUUCCUACAGCAAAGGUUACCUGGCUUUAUAUUAUACAAGUGGCUGGUUUACUCCUGGUGUGCAUAUUUCAAUUUUUUAAUGCCAUGAUUCUUGGGUCAUUACUUAUAAGUUUUAAUCUUUCGGUGCUGAUAGCAAAAAAGUUUCAGAAAAAUCUGAAAACAGGCAGUUUUGUGAAUAGACUUGGAAAACUUUUGCUCCACUUGCUUCUGGUAUUAAGUUUGACACUCUUUGUCAAUAAUUUUAUUAAGAAAAUUCUCAAUCUUCAAUCAGAUGAGCACAUAUUUAAGUUUCUCAAGGCAAAAUUUGGAUUUGGAGCAACAAGGGAUUUCGAUGCGAAUCUGUACCUAUGUGAAGAAGCUUUUGGGCUGCUGCCAUUAAAUACAUUCGAAAGACUGUCAGAUACUCUACUUUUUUAUGCUUACCUAUUUGUCCUCUCCAUUAUGAUGAUAGCAACUGUAGUUGUUGCUUUUCAGAAUCUCAGUGAUUCCUCCAAUGAACGAUCCGUCAAUAAAAUGGGAAAAUGCACAAUCAUACUGAAGCCUGGAACUGCCUAUAACUUAAUUCACACCAUUCUGUUUGGGUGCUUGGCUUUUAGUACAAUGAGAAUGAAAUACCUUUGGACAUCACAUAUGUGUGUGUUUGCUUUUGGAUUGUGCAGUAGUGAAGUUUGGGAAUCGUUCUGAAGUUGGUCCAUCUCUAACACAAAGAGGAUGAAAGUGAUGAGAUAUUCAGUCCCAUUAUUGAUACUGCUCUAUCUUUGCUAUAAGUUUUGGCCAGGAAUAAUGGACGAGCUGUCAGAGUUGAGAGAAUUCUAUGACCCAGACACAGUGGAGCUCAUGGACUGGAUAAAGUCAAAUACUCCGAGGAAAGCUGUAUUUGCUGGCAGCAUGCAGCUAUUAGCAGGAGUCAAGCUGUGUACGGGGAGGAUCUUAACCAACCAUCCGCAUUAUGAGGAUAAAGGUCUAAGAGAAAGAACGAAAGAGGUUUAUCAGAUAUAUGCCAAGAGAGCGCCGGAGGAAGUUCACAGCCUGCUGAGGUCCUUUGGCACAGACUACGUGAUCUUGGAAGACAGUAUCUGCUACGAACGAAGACACAGCAGAGGUUGUCGCCUUCGGGACUUGCUGGACAUAGCCAAUGGACAUGUAAUGGACGGUCCAGGUGAGAACGAACCCGAUCUGAAACCUUCAAUGCACCCUCGCUUCUGCGAAGAAAUCAAAAGGAACCUGCCUUCCUACUCUGCGCAUUUCAUUCGAGUGUUUCAGAACAAAACAUUCCACGUCUACAAACUGUCCAGACACAAGUGAUGUUACUUCCCAGCAACUCCCGAUUCUGAUGCAGGUGAAAUUCCUUUAUUAUGAGCCUGUUAAAAAACAGUCUCUGGGUAACAAGGUGGCAUUGAGCUCUAAUGGGCUGCUUUCCCCUGUUCCAAUACAGCCUAGUACCAACAUCAGAAGGCUUGUUCAAACUGAAUUUCACCAGCAGUAUAAUGCUGUGACUACCUUAGCAACUACUAAAUAAGUUUACAGAAAUAUUAACAUAUUGAGAGGAAAUCGUUUAAAUGGAAUUCCUUUUUCUCACCUGUAAUUCUGCGUUGGCAUUCAUCAGUCAGUCAGUUUGUGAACAGCAGUUUCUGUCAAGGACCCAGAGCCCGCUGGUUUUCGGGGGAAGCACGUUCAGGCUGAAGCAUUUUGGGCAGGAUUAAUCAUAGAGUUCAGGCUCUGGGAUGCUUCUGUUUGUUGAGGUGGGAGUGUGUGGCCUUUCAACUGUUCUCUUUUGACAUUUUGAGGGCCCAUGUAAAAAUGGCUGCUGUUUCCCUUCCUUAUCUGUACUUCAAACACUUUAAAAUAAUGCCUAUUUUCCUUCCCUUUUAACUUUGAAUAAUUCUGUAUUUGCUAUGUAUUUCUUGAGACAUUUUCAUUGAAAUCUGUUUAUAAUGGUCAGCACUUUGGUAAGAUUGUUUUGAGUUAAAAGCAGAGUUUUCAAACACUGGAGCAUAAAGAUUACAACUGAAGAAUGUGUGGUCCUUAGAAUGGCCCCCCGAAAAAAGUGUGAUUGGUUUCAUAGUGAAUUUAGAUGGAAUUGCUCUGGCUCUUUUAUUUAGUCAUUUCGAAGGUAAUUAAUGCAUUUAUGAAUUUUUUUUUAUUCUGUUUGUAACUUUUGUAUUUUGCUUCCUAGAAAUUUGCAAAUUCUGUGUCUAAGUGCCAUGACUAGGUUCUCUCACUCACCAUUAGGGUAUUUUUUAGGACAGGCCUUCCGGCUUCGUGUAGACUUUGACUUGUGUCGUCUCCAAUCUCAGUGAGGCCCCCGCCACUGUGUUCUUCUUCCUGGGAAGAGCUGAGAGUUAGUGAAGGUCCAACCUAGAACCGAAAUGCUUAUGAGCAUUUCUAGAGCGCUGCAUGAACAAGACUUCCUGAUGAUAAGUACUGUUACAGUAAAUUUCUAAUGAUGGGAAAAUUUAAAAGCAUAUGGUGCUUUUAAUUAAUUGGAGAUGGUAAUGAGAUUAAGUUUCACCCCUGCGCCGCACUCCAAUUACAGAUGAUUUAACAACUUUCCCCUUGAAGUUGCGCUGAGAUAGAAUUACCAAGGGGAGUGAAAUGAAUCUGUCACCCAUUCAAAUAAUUGUAUAUUCCAUAAAUACUCAUUAAGAACAACUCCAAAUCUUUCUGCCCCUUCAUGUUGAACACAAAAAGGAAAGUGAGCUUUUAUCAAAACUUAUUUAAAUCAAAUGUUGGCUGUGGUUGGGUUAUUAAAUUGCAACUCCAUCGCCAUUUCUCUCUUACGUCCCUUAAUGAGGUUGGAGACCACUACAGUUUAACACGACAAUAAUAAAACAUCUUAAUCAGUAUUAAAACUUUAAUUAAGCCAGUAAUGAUGCAUGGCUGUUUCAGCUGACAGCAUGGGUCAGUACAUCCUUUAGAGAGUGCCUUACAGUAAUUGAAAUCAAGCACAUGUAAGGUACAUGGUGGUAGAAUAUGGUGGUUUCUUUUUACUUUUGUGUCUUUUGCACUUACUUCCUGAAAAUUCACUUUUAGUAUUCCGCUUUGGGUUGUAGAUACCGGGCUGAAAAAUUGUACGCAAACCUUGAUGUUAAACAUUUAAAACAUAGCUGGUGUAGAAUGUUUUUUUUCCAAGUGACAGUAAUGUCUCCAAAACAUUCAGUGUAGUUCCCCACGUUUCAUGAAAAAUAUGAAGUGCCAAAAAUUUUUGCUAGAGCCCAUGAACUCCCACCCUGAGGAAAUUUUGCUCAUUUAUAUCUACUGAAAACACUGUGACCAUGUACAAUAGAACUUUUUACUUUUUACACACCAAAUUCCUUAGAGGAUCAUAUGGGGCAUAUUUGGAGUGUUGAGGUUAACGUAUGCAGAAACUCACAGAGCCUGGCUGAUGGGCAGAAGGAGGAACUAGAGAAAUUAAGUCAUGCCCUCUGUUUCCAUCCCUGUCACUGCCCUGGAGCAAGUCCCUUGAGUGCUGUAGGCAACAAUCCCUCCUCCCAAAGACAGCAUGAGGCUUUAGGAAUGUUUCUGGGAAUCCUUAAAAUGGCAAGGGGCUUUCUGUGCACAAGUCGGUUUCCUGAUUUUGCACCCUUUCUGCCACCUUUUCUUAAAAAAAAAUCCCGGCUCAUUUCAGCAUUUCUUCCUGGAGCACCCUUCAUGCUGGCAGUGAAGAAGGUAGGAACAGAGCCCUUACCUGGCCCCUAACAAAAAAAAAAAAAAAAGACUACUGUUCAUGAGAACAGUCAGACAUCUUACCGCCUUCUUUCACAAGUUCAGGUCAGUGCACACAAUUAUUCCCUUUCAAAUAUGCUAUGUUCCUCUAUCCCAUGUAGGACAGGGACCAUGUCCAACCUAGUUAUCUUGUAUCUACCCCUGCACUUAGCUUGGCACCAUGUAAGUGUUUAACAAAUGCCACAAGUAUUAUUGGUAUUUUUCAGAAAGAUGUUAACUGCAACUUAUUAACAUUCCCAGGUAACCUAAAUGUCUGACAUAGAAACAGUUUGGAGUUCCCAGGAGGUGGAUAGGAACCCAGAUUGCCCAGUCUUAUUAACCAUUAACCCUGCCCCUAGUUUACCUGCAGCACAACCUUUAGGCCAGGGAGACCUCAGCUUCUGUCUGGUCACGGAGAGCGUUUUCUCGGUGAGAGGGGAGCCCGUCAGCUUUCCUAAGGCCGAUGGUUUUCUGGUUUCAACAUCCUAUGGGUGAGAUCUUAUAGAAAACUAUUUUAUAAUUUGUUGUACUGAACCACGUGAAUAUUGUAUACUAAAUAAAGUCAUGUCCUUUGGCAAUCA